CUGGUGGCGAAAAUAGAGUCAAAUCAAUCAAAUUGCCACUCUCAGGCUGCUGGAAGACUACCGCGCCAUAUUCCUCUCGAUGCCUUUGUUGCUUGCUCCGUCAUUUCUUAAUAUAAUCCUCAUUUUCACUUUACAUCCACACAAAUAUUUCAUCCCUUUCAAUUCAAUAAAACAACUCAAUCAAGUUCAUCAAAUCAGGAUUACUUAGCCGUUAUGCCUACGGAAUCCACAACUUCCGAGCCCCCUCUUCCCACAUCGCACACACCUGCCGGUGUUGUCAAAUGCUCCAUCUGCGGAAUAGGUAACCUCUCGCAGCCAAUGUCCAUCCCAGUCAGCGACUAUUUUGGUGGAUCAGCUGUCGAGUUUGGAGAGAGAGUGUGCGGGAGAUGCGCACUGGCUAGAGGGCACGGCGAGUCUGACAUUCAGAGCCAGAGCCAGUACGAAAACCAGAGUCGAGAUAGGGAGAGGGGGUGGGAAAAAGAGUCUGAAGUGCGAGAGAGGGGGAGAGGAGGUGUGAAACAAGAAAGUGGGAGAACGCUGGACGAUGUGCAUGAGGAAAAUGAAACCGCAGAGCGCAAAGGUAUCGUACGCGACCUCAAAGCUCCCACAUUUUCACAGUCCCUGCCUUCCCAAUUGCCUCAGCCGUGGACCACUACCAAACCAGUGCCUUCGCCCCCUAGCAACGCAAGAGGGCUCGCUGCAUCUCCGAAACCUGACGCUGCAACCAGGAGCAAGGAAAAGAUGAAUCAGCCUCCUAAUCCACUUUUGGAUAUCACGAGGACGAGGGUACGCAGUAUCGGCCGAGGACCACUUUACCCUGGUAGUGUUUUUAAAGGGACUCAAACGAGCGGUAGAAGCGCAUACGAUGUGGAAGUAAAGUUUCUGGAUGUGGAUUUCGCCGAUUCCACGUUAUCCGGCUAUCUCUCUAUUUCUCACCUCACCGAUUCUCAUCCACACCUCACCACAUUUUUCACCGGCGAAAUCAUCGGGCCCAAGUACGGUUUCAUUACUGGCCCACGCUAUGCUGCCACAGAACAUGACGAUCUCCGCCACUGGGGCCGUUUCGAGCAAUUUCGCAGACCGUCGACUAGGGCAGACUUGGUAGGUGAAGAGCUGUUCUUAAGGGAUCCUCUGCCAGAUAGGUCUAGAGGCGAGACGAAAGGGAAAGAGAGGGAUUUUGUGUUUCUAAGGAUCAAGGAGCAAUUUUUGGUACCGGAUCACAAGGUGAAGGAUAUCUCAGGAGCGAGUUUUGCGGGAUUUUACUAUAUCAUGGUUGACAUGGCCCCGACCGUUACUGUGCCCGUCUCUCAACCUGCGACGCCUCUUUCUCCAACCUUCAAAUCACCUUUUGUCCCCGGGAGUCCUGCUAUCAGUCGUCGAAUGUCGGGUACGGCCAUGCCUGCAUUGGGGCUCGGGAUGGGUAUGGGUUUAGGGGCGACUAUCGGUGCCGGCGUGGGGCCGGGGAUGGGCAUGGGAGGGGAACAGGUCAGCGGGAUCGAUAGGACUCGACCUGCCAGACCUUCAGGCACGAGGAAGGAGAGCGGCGGGCGGAUGAGGGAGAAGGAGGUCCGAGGUGAACCUACGAUUCGCGGGGUACGUCCUUAUCAAGAACUCACUCGUUCGCAUCAGUGACUAACCCGUUGGCUUUAUUUAAUCUUUUGGGAUCCUUGGGAUUCAAACCAUCUAGUAUUAUUUCCAUUCACUCAAUCAAGAGCCAUUCCAAGAACUUUUCCUCUCACAUGUCCCGCAGAAGAGCAAGUACGCAUUCGAGUUCCGCUGAAGGGUGAACCUUUCGUCCAGUCUUCAAAGGUUUUCGAUACUAUUGAUUGCCCCAGAUCAUAGUAAUCGUAUUCAGCUGAUCAAUCGCAUUUUCCAAAAUCACACUCCGCUCACCUGGAUUGGUUUAACGACGCGUCGUAUAUGUAGCUUCGUUUUGUAAGGAUCCCAUGAUUGAUCCUCAUAUUAGUUUUUUGUUUUGUUUUGUUUGCUUUUUUGCUUGUUUGUUUACUGGUACGACUUCUCUAUGUGAUUUGUGAUUGUAGUAUGAUCACCUUAAUGCAUCUGUUAUGUAUUGUUC